GCACACCGUCGCGUUUCCUCUCCAGGGUUGAAGACUUUCCAGCCGUUUGCCGGCUGGGUCAAGAGGGGAGGGUGAAGGCGUGCUCCGUUGCCAGGGUGACGGUCAAGCUAGCAGCCCGGCCAAGUCAGGCUAGGCUAACGACACCCCAAGACGCUUUUUUAAAAUGCAAAUUACACUCAAGAUUGUAAUUGUAACGCGUUGCAGUCAUUUAAUGCCCGUUCGAAACAUGAACGAAGCAAAGAAAUGCAUCGCUACAAAAUAAUCAAGAAGAUUGGUGAGGGCUCAUUCUCCGUGGUGGUCAAAACUCAGAGUCUGAAGGAUGGAAAGAUGUACGCGUGCAAGACUAUGAAGCAGACCAUUAACAGUGUGGAACAGGCCAACAACCUGCGGGAGGUUCAAGCCAUGAGGAGGCUUAGCCCACAUGCAAAUAUUAUCCACCUGCACGAACUGAUUUUUGACAAGGAAACAGGCACCGUGUCUCUGAUCUGCGAGCUGAUGGAGAUGAACAUAUAUGAGUUUAUUAAAGAGAGACAGACACCGCCGUCUGAUCACACAGUCAAACACUACAUGUACCAGCUGUGCAAAUCACUGGACCACAUGCACAGCUGCGGGAUCUUCCACAGAGACGUGAAGCCGGAAAACAUUCUCAUCAGACAAAACGUUCUCAAGCUGGGCGACUUUGGCUCAUGCAGGAGCGUGCACUCCAAGCCGCCGCACACAGAAUACAUCUCCACGCGCUGGUACCGUGCCCCUGAGUGCCUCCUGACUGACGGCUACUACAGCCUGAAGAUGGACAUCUGGAGUGCCGGAUGUGUCUUCUUUGAGAUUAUGAGCUUGAAUCCUCUCUUCCCCGGUGCCAACGAGCUGGACCAGAUUGCCAAAAUCCACGACGUACUGGGCACACCUGAGCAAUGCAUCCUGCGCAAAUUCAAGCAGUCUCGAGCGAUGCACUUCAACUUCCCCGCAAAGAAGGGUAGCGGGAUCUCGCGCCUGCUGCCCAACUGCGCCGCUCCUGCCGUGUCUCUGCUCUACCAGAUGCUGGCUUACGACGCGGAUGAACGCAUCACGGCCGCCAGCGCCUUGAGGCACACCUACUUUCGGGAGAUACGGUUGGCAGAGAAAAAAUGUGAGCGCAAUCCAGGAGCAGGUGGGCCGUUUGAAGCCAUGGAAAAAAAAUCACCGCACAUCACUUCAGACCUCCUGUGGCGACCCUCCCGACUUUGCAAACAAAUGAGAGGGAGGCACAACAGACCCACCCCUUUAAUUCCUCACAACAGUAAGCACAUCGCUGAGCCCCUCAGUCGACGCAACGCCAGCCAUUACGAGCUACCCAAACUCAAACUGGCUGCCCCUGGGCCACAACGCUCCUUCCCAGGCUCCACGCCACCCAUCUUCGCACUCACACACCGGGGAACUCUGCCAGCCAUCUCGGCAAAGAAGUGCCAGUCACACUUAGCUAAGGCCAAUAAUGAGUCACAGUCGGGGAGCUUGAAGACCUGCUUGAUGCCACCCCUGGACAGGAAACAUGGAGGCUACUGACACACACAACCAACCAAAUGGAAUAAAGCUACUAAACCAGUGCCAUUAUGUGCGAUGAUGUGCCCCAACAGUAGUUUAAGUUGUACAGAGAAAAAUGGGGCAAUAAACCAAUUACUGUGAUUUAGUAGACACACACACACACUUCAUAUUUAGCACAAUUAGAUUUAGAAUGUACAGUAGCUUGCCAGGCACCUUGAUAACCUCUCAUUGGAAUCAUGACUCUGCAAUUUACUGUUGUAAAUGUGAUGUAAAACCCAAUUAAAAAUGUCAGGUAUUGUUUAAAAAGUUGUUUGUGAACUAUUAAAGAAACUAAACCUUG